AUGAGUUAGUUGUAUCAAUAAAAAAUAGAAAAUUGGUUAUAAGAAAUUUUAGAAAAGCUAGAUUAAAGAGGUAUUUCUCUUAAAAUAGUUAAGCUCAAAGGCUAAGGAUCUUUUAAGAAAGUUUAUGAAUGCGUCAAUGAGAAGACAAAAAAGAAUUUAAUACUAAAAAUUUCUCAUGGAGAAGGAAACAUUGAUUUAAAAAAUGAAUACCGAAACUCAUAGAAGAUCAACUUCUCGCCUUUGAGAUUAGUGAAAAUAGAUUAAUUGAUAUCUUUAUAAAUUAAUGAAGAAGAAUUUUGUGUAGGGAUAUCUGAAAAAGUAGCGGAAAAGAACUUAUUGAUGACUAUAGAAUCAAGAGAGAGGCCAAAUAUUGAAAACUCUUUAAAAAUGCUGAUUGAUAUUUUGUUUGCAGCUUCUGAGUGCGAUAUUUCAAAUUUUUAGCAUUUAGAUGUUAAACUAGAAAAUAUUGUUAUAAAAAAUGGAGAUUUUUAUUUAAUUGACUUCUCUUCCUCACCCGAAGAUUAAUUUGCUACAAUCACAUAAAGUUAUAGUCCAUUAGAUUACAUCACAAAAAAAACUAUCAAAAGAUAUGAUAUACAUUGUGUAGGACUUUCCUGUAUGCUCAAAAUACUUUGCUAAACUUUUAAAAUCGAUUUUACUGAGUAUUAAAAUCAUUUAAUCUAACAAAUUGAUGAAUCUAGAUUUAAUUAAAUGUAAAGGGCUUACGCAUAUAUAACUUUACAUUUAAUGCAAAAUGAUAAGCUAAAUUAUAAAUAGCCUAAAUAUCUAUUAAAUGCUGACAGAAUUCUCUAAGAAGAAAAUUAAAUAUAAUCGUAUUAUAGUUUAUUUACUACAUUAGAAAUUGCUGAAUUUUAUUUUGAAUAAAAUAACUAUGAGCUUUGCGAUAAAUACUUAAAAAAAUUAGAAUACCUUCAAAAUGAUGAAAAUGAUAAAGAAUUGAAACUUUUAUACCUAAGGAUAGAUUAUUAUAAGCUGCUAUUUAAGUUAAAUUAAAAUUAAAAUUAUUAAACAGACUUACACUUGCAAUAUCUUAACAAAGCUAUUUAAUUAACUUGUAAUUUAGAAAAAAAACAUCCACUUAGAUUAUUUUUACUCAAAAUUAAAGAUGAGUGUUACAAAUAAAUUUUAAUGAGAGAUGAUAAUACUCAGUGUUUCUAGGAAUACGAGGCUCUAAAUGACAGUGCAAUUGAUAAUGAAUAUCCUGCUCCCACUGAUUAUAAUUAUUAAGAUUUACUAAAAUAUAAGGUUGCUAAAUGUCAAAAAAAUGAAGAUUUUUUUUCAGCUGAAAGAUAUUUGGAAGAUAUCUUAAAAAUUAAUUAAAAUUUAUACGGAAAAGCAAGCUUAAAUGCAGCUCAAGUGUUAGAAAAACUAUUCUAAAACUAAAGAAACAUUUAUAAAACUAUUUAAGAAGAUAGAUAUGAAAGAAAUCAACCUAAAAAAGAGAUUGUUGAAAGUAAAAGUAUAGAGAAUUUCAAAAAUGUUUUAGACUUAGAAUGUUGCGACUUAGAAAAACUGACAGAAUAAAUCUAAUAUUGCGAGAAAGUAAUUGAAAGAGCUGAAAUAUUUUUAUUGUAUAAAAUACCUGCUUCUCAACUGUAUCAAAAAGAAUGA